UGUCAGCAUUUAGCAUAAGUAGCCCGCAGAAUGACUCUAGCCCUUGUAACUCUAAGGGUGAUAAAGUAACUCAUAAAAGAAAACACACGAAUCUUUUGUUUUAAGUAGAAAAAAAUGAAGUUGUAUUCACCGCAUACAAAACAAGACAGAAGAAUUGCUCUCACCAAAACAUAACAUAAACAAUAUCUUCGGUGAGUUUUCCUCAUCCAACGGCGAUAUGCAGACUUGUAACAAAAACAAUAUACAGUCUCCUUACUCAGUUGUCCGUAGAGUGACCUUGUCUUGCUGUUAACAAUCUUUAUCUUCAGGAUGCUUGCAGAACUGCACCAAACAAAGGCUUUUCAGCUCAGAAUGAGCUCUCAAGCAAAGCUUUAGAAUCAUAGAGUUGGAAGAGACUUCAUGGGCCAUCCAGUCCAACCCCUUGCCAAGAAACAGGAAUAUUGCAUUCAAAUCACCCCUGACAGGUGGCCAUCCAGCCUCUGUUUAAAAUCUUCCAAAGAAGGAGCCUCCAUCACACUCCGGGGCAGAGAGUUCCACUGCUGAACGGCUCACACAGUCAGGAAGUUCUUCCUCAUGUUCAGAUGGAAUCUCCUUUCUUGUAGAACACAAUGCUCAAAAAACAAAACACACAGUGGCUUACUAUAUACAUGAGAUAACAGUACACUCAAUUAACUCAUCAAUUAACUGUGUCAGCUGCAACAGAAACAGCCCUGAUCCUUUCCAAGACUUAGGAAACAUAUGUUGCAAACUCUUAGUAGCAACAGAUGUCCCCUGUAGAAUUAAUUUAGUUUGAGACCACUUCAAAGGCAGUGGCUCAGUGUUAGGAAUCCUGGGAGCUGUAGUUUGGUGCACUCUUGGGUAAACUAAAGACCUUGUAAAACUACAACUCUGAGAACUCCAUAGCAUUGAUCCAGGACAGUUAAAGUAAUCAGCUGCUUAUUUAAGUUCAAAUGCUGGACUUAAUUUAUACUAUAAGUGAACUUGUAUUUAAAUUCAGGCCAACUUCCUCCUUAGAGAAAUCUGUUGUCUCCAAAACAAGGCUUGCAGCCAAUGGGAGGGAGGAGAGAGAAGGAAUGAGUCAAAACAAGUCCAGUCGGAAAGAGGAAAGCGAAAGUCAGCUUCAGCUUCCUCAGAAGGAAAAAUGGACACAAGCCUGCUUAUAGAACAGCUGAGCAAAGAAGCCUCCUGCUCCCUCUGCUUGCAGUAUUUCAAAGACCCGGUGGCCAUACAUUGUGGGCACAAUUUCUGCCAAGCCUGCCUGGCUCAGUGCUGGGGGGAACUGGGGGACAAUGUCUCUUGCCCAUUUUGUGGGGAAAGCAGCCCGCGAAGGAACCCCACUGAAAACCAUCACCUGGCAAAAAUGGUAGAGAUAAUCAAAUGCUUGAAUCUGGAUGGGCAAGAAGACGGCAGGAGGGUAUGUGAGAGCCACCUGGAGCUCCUGAAGAUCUUCUGCAAAGAUGACAAAGUGCCCAUCUGCCUGGUGUGCCAACUGUCCAAGGAGCACCGGCAUCACACUGCGAUCCCUAUAGAAGAGGCUGCUCGAGAGUACAAGGAAGAAUUUCAAAAGGAGCUGAAAAGUUGGAAGCAAAAGAGAGACAAAUUCCUUGCGUUAAAAGUGGCUGAAGAGAAAAGAAGCUGGAAAUCAUUAGAAAAAUUAGAAUUUGAAGGAAAGAAGAUAAUGUAUGAAUUUGAGCAGCUCCACCAGUUUCUAGAGGACCAAGAAGAUGUCUUACUGGCCCGGCUAGAGCAGCUAGAGAAAGAUGUGAAAAUGGAAAGGAAUACCAUCCUUUCCAGGCUCUCGGAGGAGAUUUCCAACCUUAGUGGCCUCAUAUAUGAGAUGGAAGAGAAGAACAGGCAGCCAGUGGAUGAAUUCCUCCAGGAUCUUAGCAACAUCAACAGCAGAUGUGAUAAGCAGAGACCCCAACAUUCGGUGGAACGUUCUCCUGAUCUGGAAAUGAGACUGAAGAGCUUUUCUGAACAAAGCAGGCAUCUAAAAAAGAUGUUCAAAGACUUCAAAGGUCUUCUCUCCACUGAGUUAGAAAGCACAUCUUUACUGAAAGAAAAGCUGAAAUUCCCAAAAGGCAGAACACAAUUGUUCAAGCUGCCGUAUACUGAAGUGAAAAAAAGGGGCAGAAAAGUGAAAGUGACUCUGGAUCCAGAUACUGCAAACCCCUUCCUCAUUCUGUCGGCCGAUCAGAAGAGCGUGAAACUGGGAGACAUCUGGCAAGACCUUCCUGACAACCCAGAAAGAUUUGACCCUUACCCCUGUGUGCUGGGCUGCGAGGGACUCACAGCAGGAAGACAUUACUGGGAGGUGGAAGUGGGAAAAGGGAGGUACUGGGCUGUGGGUUUUGCCAAAGAGUCUGUGAAGAGGAAAGGGGAGAUUGUCCCUAGCCCCGAAGAGCAGAUCUGGGCUUUGCAACAGUGUGGGGACCGCCUCGAGGCUCUUACCUGUCCCGUGACCAUCCUGUCCUCAUUCAGCAGCCUCAGGAGGGUUAGGAUUUUUCUGGACUAUGAAGAGGACCGGGUGGCGUUUUUCGAGGGCGAUUCAUCAACUUUGAUCUAUGUUUUCUCUCCUGCUGCUUUCAGUCAAGAGCGACUCUUUCCAUGGCUCUGGGUCUGGCCAGGGACAGAGCUAAGACUUUACCAAUGAGACUUUAUCCUCAAUAUAUAGGGUAAUUUCCAUGAAGCUCAAUAACAUACGCACAAAAAAGGCUGAAAAUUACUGACACCCUUGCAUUACAUAAAGUUCAUGUCUCUAGCUGUGUGGUGGUUGCAAGCCUUUUAUUUGUUUUACUAAGGCACAAAAUUAUUUGCAUUGUCUAAAAGAGAUUUGGCUGAAUUAAAGAUACAGCUGUUACAUAUAACUUGCUCUUGACAAUCGAUGCAGAGUUUGGAUUAAACUCAAAAGCUUGUAUACUUGCA